AUGCCGGAGCGUGUAUCUGUGAAUCAGGAGGUGUACUACUUCGACCCCAAGAGUGGGUGGCUGCGUGGUACCGUGAAGCAGGUAGAUGACGGCAAGGUGUUGAUAGUGGACAAUGCCUCCCAUGCAGCUGUCACGGUGGCUGCAGAGAAUGUCCACGGCUACAUCUCAGAGAGCUACGAUCCGGAGGACGCGGAGCUCUUCCACGUGAGCGAUUUGCACGUGGCUACUCUUUUGCACUGCGUCAAGGACCGCUUCGAGCAGCUGCAGCAGCAGUACUCACUCAUGGGCGAGAUGGUGCUCUCCGUCAACCCGUUCCGGCGGAUGCCUUUCAACAGCGAAGAGGAGCGCAAGAAAUACCUGGCGCUGCCAGACCCCCGUAUGCUCCCCCCGCACAUCUGGCAGGUGGCACACAAGGCCUUCAACGCGGUCUUUGUUCAGGGGCGGGGCAACCAGUCCAUCGUCAUCUCUGGCGAGUCCGGCUCUGGAAAAACUGAGAACGCCAAGAUGCUCAUCGCGUACCUCGGUCAACUGAGCUACAUGCACAGCAAAAACACCUCGCAGCGCAGUAUCGCGGACAGGAUCGACGAGAACCUGACCUGGAGCAACCCCGCCAUGGAGUCGUUUGGCAACGCACGCACAGUGCGCAACGACAACUCUUCGCGCUUUGGCAAGUACAUCAAACUCUACCUUGACCCUGCCUCCGGCAUCGUGAUGGGAGGCCAGACUGUCACCUACUUACUGGAGAAAAGCCGCAUCAUCAUGCAGUCUCCUGGUGAGCGCAACUACCACAUUUUCUACGAAAUGUUGGCGGGGCUGUCGCCGGAGGAGAAGCAGAAGCUUGGCGGGCUCAAGACUGCUCAGGACUACAAGUGCCUGAACGGCGGUGGCACCUUCAUCCGCCGUGGCGUGGAUGGCAAGCCGCUCGAUGACGCGCACGAGUUUCAGACGGUUUGCCGCGCGCUCUCCAUGAUCGGUGUGUCGCUGGAGACCCAGAACUGCAUGUUCCGUGUGCUGGCGGCCAUUCUGCACCUGAUGGAGGUAGAGUUCGAAGCGGACAACAAUGACAAGGCGCAGAUUGCAAACGAGGAGACGCUCGCGACAGGCAGCAGGCUGCUCUGCUUGGACGAGGCCAAGGUUCGCGAGUGUUUCCUCGUGAAGAGCAAGACGUCACUUGUCACCAUCCUCGCCUCCAAGACGGAGGCCGAGGGCCUGCGCAACGCCUUCUGUAAGGGACUGUACGUCGGCAUGUUUGACCGACUCGUCGAGUUUGUGAACGCCGCCAUUCAUCCCCAAGGGGACUGCAGCAACUGCAAGUAUGUCGGAUUGCUCGACAUUUUCGGUUUCGAGAACUUCACGCGCAACAGCUUCGAGCAGAUGUGUAUCAACUACGCGAACGAGUCCCUGCAGAAUCACUACAACAAGUAUACGUUCAUCAGCGACGAAGAGGAGUGCCGGCGUGAGGGCAUAGAGACCCUGAAGAUCGAGUUCCCAGACAACUCCGACUGCGUUCAAAUGUUGGAUGCAAAACGCACGGGCAUCUUCUCGAUGCUGGACGAGGAGUGCAAUUUCAAAGGUGGCAGCACAGACCGCUUCACCACGAACGUGUGGCAGCAGUGGAAUGGCAAGAGUCCGUACUUUGUGAGACCGAAAAGCACCAUUCCGAACCAGUUCGGUGUAAAUCACUACGCCUCCUUUGUCAACUACGACACAACGGAGUGGCUGGAGAAGAACACGGACGCGCUCAAGGAGGACAUGCGCGAGUGCGUGCAGGAGUCCACCGACGAGUUCAUCCAGACCCUUCUCUCGACGGAGAGGUGUGAGGCACACCGCAAACAGACCGUUGCUAUCCGCUUCCAGCGCCAGCUCACAGACCUACGCACCGAGCUGGAGUCUACCGAGACACAAUUCAUCCGCUGCAUCAAGUCAAACAUGGUAGCAGACCCCUCGUUCCUUGAAAACCUGCUUGUCGGCUCGCAGCUCGAGUCCGCUGGUGUGCUGCAGACCAUCGCCCUCAAGCGCCAGGGCUACCCAGUGCGCCGCCCGCUAGCGCAGUUUUGCAGGUACUUCUACCUCAUCAUGCCCCCUUCCACUGUCUCACUUUUCAAACAGGAGCGCUACAGCGACGCGUGCGGGGACUUUUUACAGCGGUACCAGCGUCUGUACAACUGGACGGUCCCUAACUACGCCGUCGGCAAGACGAAGGUGUUCCUUCGGGCUGAGGUGUGGGCCGCACUGGAGCGGCUGGUGCUGCGUCGCCGCGCGCAGCUCCUGCACCGCUGCAAGCCCUACCUGCACCGCUGGGUUGAAGAGAUCCGCGAGCGCAGGCGCAUCGAGGAGCAGAAGCGGCUGGAGGCACUGCGCAAGCUGCGCGAGGCGCGGGAGGCGAAGGCCGCCACGGCCAUUAACGGUGUGCCGGCAGAGAAGGUGCAGUGGGUUGAGGAGGUGUCGAACAUGUUUCCAGACUUCGACAUGGACACGCUGAUGGAUGUGGCAGUAGAGGCGGACACACGCGAGGAGGUUCUCGGAGCUAUCCUUGCCAUCCAGGCGGACCGUGUUGACAAGCAAUCGGCAUCUGGGUUUAUCGACGUGGUGACGGCUGCGAACGUGAGUCAUGAUCUCAUCAACGGCUUUAUCUCGGCUGACAUCAAGACAGUGUCAGCGCUGUCGAAGCUGCAGCCGGAGGAGUUGAAGAGCCUCGGUGCCAGCGAAAUAGAGGUGGUGGCGAUCACCAAGAAGCUGAUUCACCAGCAGGGUCAGCGCGUCAAGUACAGCCGUCUCGCCGAGUCCAUCGGCAGGACCGGCGAGGAUGCCGCCGCUGAUGACAUUAAGCGUGCCGAGACUGCCCGCCACCGGGACGACUUUGAUACCAAGGUGCAGGUGCUUGCCAGCAUGGGAUUUGAUGAGUCCAUCAGCCGUCUUGUGUUGGCGCACUACAAUGGCGAUGUGCAUCGAACGGCGGCGCGUCUGCUUUAUGGUGUGGACAGCCGCAAGAUGAAGAACAACGCGCGCAAGCAUAAGGAUUUCAACACGACAAACGUUGGUGUGCAGCAGCUCAUCUCUCUCGGUGCCACAAAGCAUGACGCAAAGAUGGCGCUACGUCGCAGCAAUGGAGACACGAACGGCGCUGCUACGAUGUUGUUCAAGACGCGCUAA